AUGGCUGAUAAAAAUCAAAUUUGGUUUGCCACGUUUACGCGUGAACAAGUUGUGUCGUUUGUCAGGUAAGCCACGCCCACAAAAAGCUACUGUAGAACUUGUGAGAUGUCGAAAUGUCCGGCACAAAUUGAAUUGGAACUAAUUUUAAGAUUUUGACUAGAGCUACUAAUGAUUAUUAUUUUGAAAAAAAAAAUUAAUUUAUUUCGAACCAGCCUGAAAAUCAAAGAAACUUCAAUAGUCUGAAAUUUUUUUUUGUAAUUCUGUGUUAUUUCCAGUUUUGCCUAUGUUAUUAUCUCAAUUCUAAUGGUCCUUCUUUGGUCAAUGUAUUUAUGCAUCGAUGGUCGAAGAAAUCCGAAAAAAGAUACACGUGUCAUUCAUAUGUUGGCACAAAAUACAUUCUUCAAAAAUGUCCCAUAA